AUGGCGUUUCCCAGGUUUCCGAUCUACCAUGCAUGGGGGAUCACCGUACUCACCUUGGUGUUCGCACUACUCCUCCAAUCCACCGGAGCUCAGUCUACAGAGGAGCCAGGUUUGUUGAAGGCGGCGCCAACAGGUCGAGAACGCAUCAGCCUCAACUCGGGUUGGCGCUUUCAGCGCUUCACUUCGAACCCAGAUUCACUUUCUUACAGCACGCUCAAGCCAUGGAUCCUCCCAGCGGCGAAUGACUUCCUGAGUGGGACCAAAUACCAGCGACCCAGUGCAACCGCACCCGGCAGCGAUGUCAAGUAUGUGCAAGCUGGCUUCGAUGAUGGCAGUUGGGAAGGCGUCAAUCUUCCGCAUGAUUGGGCCAUCAAGGGACCGUUCAAUGCACCAGGAAUUGGUGGUGGUAUGGGCCGCCUUCCUGUCAAUGGAGUGGGUUGGUACCGUAGGAAUGUGACAAUCACUGCGAGUGACCUCGACAGGUCUAUAUACCUCGAUGUCGAUGGAGCCAUGUCGUAUGCCGCGGUCUGGCUGAAUGGAAUUCUCGUGGGCGGCUGGCCGUAUGGUUAUGCGUCCUUCCGGUUGGAUUUAACUCCAUACGUCAAAGAGGGAAGUGGGAAUACUCUGGCUAUUCGGCUCGAUAACCCCCUGGAUUCGUCUCGUUGGUACCCUGGCGCAGGCAUAUAUCGAAAUAUCUGGCUAAUCAAGACCGACAAAACACACGUUAGCCAAUUUGGCACCUACGUGACAACACCCACAAUCUCGGCUCAGUCUGCUACAGUGAACUUGGUUGUCGAUGUUGAGAAUAGGGGGAAUGUCAGUCGCGAUGUGGGUGUGGUGACUGAGGUCCAUCUUCUGGACCCAACGACCGGACAGCCUGGAGCUGACAUCGUGGCAACGUUUCCUCGCACAACGUCAACCGUCGCGGCCAAUACGCGAAAAUCCGUCAAUGCCUCGAUGUCACUGGCGAACCCACUCGUAUGGGGUCCGCCGCCAGCGCAGAAACCCAACUUGUAUGUGGCCAUCACGACUCUGACUAUCGGGAGCGAUACAGUGGACAGUUAUGAAACAGUCUUCGGCAUCAGGGCGGUGACAUUUGACUCGAAUAAAGGCGUUCUGAUUAAUGGACAGCCGGUGCGAGUGCAAGGGACUUGUAAUCAUCACGAUCACGGUGCCCUUGGAGCUGCUUUCAACGUUCGCGCCGCCGAGCGCCAGCUGCAAAUGCUCCAAGAGAUGGGUAGCAACGCACUCCGGACCUCACACAACCCACCAGCCCCUGAUUUUCUCAAUUUGGCCGAUAGAAUGGGUUUCAUGGUUUUGGAUGAGAUCUUUGAUGUCUGGAAUAAUCAGAAGGUGGCUAACGACUACCAUCUGCUCUUCACAGACUGGCACGAGCCAGAUCUUCGCUCAUUCAUCCGUCGCGACCGAAACCACCCCUCAGUAAUCGCAUGGAGCUUUGGUAAUGAGAUCUCGGAGCAAUCAAGCUCAGGUGCCGGGCAGACUGCCCAAACCCUGAAAAACAUCAUUCAUGCCGAGGAUCCAACACGGCUUACUACCGUGGCCAUGAACGCGGCUUCUGCCAAUAGCGCUCUUGCAGCAGUCCUAGACAUUGAGGGACUGAACUAUCAAGGCGAGGGCCUUGGAAUAUCCAUGUCUGGCGCCUUUCCCAGCUUCCGGAGCAAUUUCCCCAACAAGGUGCUUUGGAGCAGCGAGAGCUCUUCGGCUCUCAGCACCCGAGGCACGUACAUAUUCCCAGUGACUGACGCCAUCAGCGCACCGGUCACCGACAAGUCAGGCGGGAACUCCGCGGCUAAGCUGGUCAGUGCAUAUGAGCUGUAUGCCGCCGACUGGGGUUCGUCUCCGGAUAAGGUGUUCGUGCAGCAGGAUAAAUACUCCUAUGUGGCCGGCGAGUUCGUCUGGACAGGCUGGGACUACCUCGGGGAGCCGACCCCGUACUCGUCGUCGAGAAGUUCCUACUUCGGAAUCAUCGAUCUGGCCGGCUUCAAGAAGGACCGUUUCUACUUAUACCAGUCGCGAUGGCGUCCUGAUUUCCCAAUGGCGCAUAUACUUCCCCAUUGGACAUGGCCGGAUCGAGUCGGCCAGGUGACGCCGGUACAUGUGUUCUCUGGGGCGGACGAGGCCGAGCUGUUUGUGAACGGGAAGUCGGCCGGACGCCAGAAGAGGGCUGCAAGCAACUACCGUUUCCGCUGGGACAAUGUGACAUACCAGCCUGGCGACCUACGCGUGGUUACCUACAAGAAUGGAGCGCAAUGGGCUGUAGACAUGAAGAAGACGGCAGGGAGCGCAGCGCAGCUAGAUGUCACUGCAGAUCGCACUAGCAUCAGAAACGAUGGAUAUGAUCUGUCAUUUAUCACUGUCAGCGUUGUCGAUGAGAGCGGAGCCACGGUGCCGCGCGCGAACAACAGCAUCAGCUUCUCAGUUGCUGGUCCAGGUGAGAUUGUGGCUACUGAUAAUGGCGACCCUACGGACAUGACAGUUUUUCCUUCGUUAACCAGACAUGCUUUCAGCGGUCUGGCGCUGGCGAUUAUACGUGCGAAAGCAGGUAAUGCAGGACAGAUUAUUGUCUCUGCCACUUCAUCGGGACUGCAAGGCGCAAAUAUCACGAUACAGGCCAGUUGA